AUGGCUUGGCUGUCGGAGAUUAGCAUUUUCAUGGGUGAGAAGGAACCCAAGAAGGCGUCCCAGUUGGGAAUCCUUGCAUUCGAGACAGCAAAAACCAUGUCAAUGUUGCUGUCUUUAUACAAAUCUCUAUCUGAUGAAGAGAUGUCCAGGCUCAGGAAUGCCAUGAAAUCCGAAGGGAUUGCUUAUUUGAAUUCCAAAGAUGAAGGCUUUCUUUUGAGCCUUGCAUGUGCUGAAACGCUUGAAGAUCUUGAUAAAGUAGCGGCAGCUGUGGCCAGAUUAGGUCAAAAAUGUAUAGAUCUUGGCUUGAAUCGGUUUGAUCUCGUUUACACAGAUCUUAAACUGGGUAUUGCUGAUUUUGGAAAAUUAGAGUAUGGAUCGAAAAAGACUGAAAAAAGAGUAGCAAAAAUGGAGAGGUUGACCGGAGCCACCGCUGGCUUAUACACGGCAUUGGAGGCUCUGGCAGAACUGGAAAUUUAUGAAAGGAAGCUCAAGCAAUGGAAGAACAGUACCCCAACGCAAUUGCAGAAGGCCAAUUUUGAUGAUUUUAGUCAGAAACUCGAGCAACAAAGGAAGCGAGUGUGCCGUUUCAGAGAAAUUUCCUUAUGGAGUAAGACGUUUGAUAAGAGCGUUAGCCUAAUGGCUCGUCUUGUGUGCAUAGUAUAUGCAAGAAUUUGUUCAGUUUUUGGUCCCUAUAUUCCUGUCGUACCAGUUAAAGACCAAAUUCUUCCUCGGUCCGGUCCAAUAACAAGUACAUCUAAGCCUAUUUUGGUUCGAUUUUACAGCAGAAAAUCUGAAGAUAUAAGCUUAGUUGCCAAAAACAAUAGGGUUUUUCAUGCGGCGGGGCCUUCAACAGUUGGCGGUUCAGGUCUUGCAAUGCGUUAUGCAAAUGUGAUUCAAUUGGCUGAAAGAUACUUGGAUUCAGCAGCAUCAGUAGAUCAUGAAGAACGUGAAUCCUUAUACCAAAUGCUGCCGGAAAAUCUGAAAGCUUCUGUAAGAAUAAAGCUGAGCAAGAAAAUGAAAAGAGCGGAGGAAGAUGAGUUGUUGGCUGCCGGUUGGAGAGACGCAAUGGCGGAGAUUUUGCGGUGGCUUGCACCGAUGGCGAACGACACAAUGAAGUGGCAACGGGAGAGGAAUUUUGAGAGGAUGAAGUUUGAUUCUAAACCUUCAUCAGUACUGUUGUUGCAGACUUUGCAUUUUUCUGAUAAAGAGAAGACUGAAGCAGCCAUUGCUGAGCUCUUAGUUGGACUAAGUUGCAUAUACCGAUUCGAGAAUCGCAGAUUCGAAUGA